AUGGAGCGGGCCCAAGCAGGGUCCGGAGGAGACCAACCCGGAGCCGAGUUCCCAAUGGAGCCCUUGGGGAGCCAGGUCGCGGCGCCGGAGCAGCCGCAGGUCCCCGCAGAGGAGCGACAGCUCGAGAGUCCCGAGAGCAGCCCGAGUCUGGCCCGCGCCGCAAAGGAGGCGGCGGGCGCGGGCCAGGACCUCUCCCGCGGGAAGAAGCUGCCCCCGCCUCGCCCGGCGCUCCUGCGGCUCCCGCCCCCCAGCCUGGGCUACGGCGCCUUCCGCCGCCAGGUGUCCACGGGCUCCGAGCCGCCGUCGCCCGGCCCCGCCUCAGCCGAGCAGUCCCGGGCCGGCGAGGCGCCGGGGGCUGAGCUGGUACCGGGGGAGCCGCCGCAGGGCGCCUGGGCCCCGGUGGAGCUGCAGGUGGACGUGCGCGUGAAGUCCGUGGGCGUGGCGGGCGGCAGCCGCGCGCCCUCGCCGGCGCCGUCCCCGCGCUUCCUCACCGUGCCGGUGCCCGAGUCCCCGGCCUUCUCCCGCCACGCCUUCCCCGCGCACCCGCUGCUGCAGCGGACCCCCGCCCGGCCCGAGCGCGGCCUCGACGCCGAGGGCCGGGCGAGCCCCGCAGACGGGCGCUCGGAGCUCCCGGGCUCCCCGACGUGCCGCGGCCGCUGCGGGGAGCCGGGGCUGGAGAAGGAGGAGGCCGGCGCACUGCUGCACCGCGCGGAGACGGGCGGCGACGAGAAGCUGCCCCGGGCCGUACAGCUCGUAGGGCUGCCUAUGUACAUGAAGUCCCUGCGCUGGGCGCUGGCGGUCAUGGCCGUGUUCCUGGCCGUGUCCGCAGUCGCCAUCGUGGCUCUGGCGUCUAGAGCAGGGACCAGAUGCCGGCCAUGUCCCCGUGGCUGGAUGUGGUCCGAGGAGAACUGCUACUACCUCUCUGCCGAAGCUCAGGCUUGGGAGGCCAGCCAGGCCUUCUGCUCAGCUCACCAGGCUACCCUCCCACUGCUGAGCCACACCCAGGACUUCCUGAGCAGAUACCCAGUCCCCAAGUACUCCUGGGUGGGGGCCCGGCGAGGCCCCCAGGGCUGGCACUGGAUCGACGGGGCCCCACUGUCGCCCCAGCUACUCCCGGAGGAAGAGGAGGACCAGCCAGAUCUCAAGUGCGGGGGCCUAGAGGGAGGCAAGCUGGUGGCUUUGGACUGUGCCUCUCCAAGACCGUGGGUCUGCACCAAGGGGACCAAGUGACUUGGCUUCCACCCAUCCUGAGACUUGGGGGCCUGCAGCCACCCCAGGGGAAACCAGGUUGCCCGCUGGGGAAGCCUCUUCCCUGGACCCAGACUUCCAGGUCUCCCUGCUCUGUGCUCAACAGGGACCCUUUCUGAGCCAUAAGGGACUGGACUUCUGGCUCAGGCGGGUCACCUCCAAGGGAAAGGAGGCUUUCUGUGGCUGGGCUGAGUGUCCAGCUUCUGAAGCAGAUUUGAUUACCUUGGGAUGGUGUGUGGUUUUUUUGUUUUUGUUUUUGUUUUUGUUUCUUCGCUUUUUUGAGCCUAGGUUUCUCCCUCAUUAAAAUGCCCAUUUCCCAUCCUCUCCCUCACCUGCUGAAUUCCACCUGCACACCCCCACCCCCAAGUCUUGGAGGACCAGGAGGCCUUAGCGAUCCCAGGUGCUGCUGGGCGGUUCUCCCCUGAGCACAGAGACCGAGGCUGGGAUGCGGCGGCUGUGUGCACGGCCGACACCGCUGACCAACAGUGUUGGAGGACGGCGAGUGAGCAGUGGUUGCCCCCGGAGGAGGGAAGAGUAGGAUGUCCUUCCUGGCCCCAAGCUGGCAGAGGGUAAGGUUCACAGUGUGCGGCACUCGCGGGGCUUCUGAGCAGCUGAUGCCCAAGGCUGGGAAGAUGCGGAGCACAGCCCACCCCCACCCCCGGCCCCGGGCAGGAAAACACAGGAGCUGCAAAGCACAGGGUCCGGAGGAAGGAAAUCAGAAUUGUGGGGAGGUCGAGGCAGCUCUUCCCCUGACAGGUGUGGG